AUGAUUUUAAAACCUGAAGGAUUAUCUUCCAAAGAUGCUUUGAAAGAACAUUCACAAUCAAAUUGCACGUUGCAUCUCUUAUCCUCUGUGUAUUCCACCACGAAAAAAAAGUGUUUUAUAACAGAAUGUAGGAACGUUUCAGAAGGUGGUGUAUUGGUUUACGUAGUAUGUGAUGGAUCAUCUGAAGAAAAAGCAAAAAGACGUAUGAUGGCCGAAGAAAUGAUUUCGAGAUACAUAAAGAAAUCUAGCAGUGAUAAAUCCAAGUCUGACGAGAUUAUUUCAUCAUCAUCGAAAAGUACGACGACAACAAAUAAACCAAAGAAGAAGAAUAAAAUGAUUGAAAUGAUGAAGUUGAAAUCCAAAGCUCAGGGUGACUCUUCUAUACCCGUGAAUUCUCGUAUAUAUCUUACAGUCGACUUCCCAAGUGAUUCGAAUGUGCCCAACAAACCCAUGUUUUUCAAUAAAGAGUGGACUGUUGGAAAAUCCCUUGAUAAGAUAGCAACUUCCGGCAAGAUCAAUAAUAUUAAUAACAAACUCCCAUUGGAUGAUCCAGAUAGAUUAAUCUUAGUCAAUAAGGAAACCAAGAAAAUAUUACAAACGGAUAGAAAAUUAGACGAGGUUAUUGAAAAUGGUGACAUUAUUUCCAUAGAAAAACUUAUUUAUUAUUUAUACAAAUGA